AUGCACCUGCGUCACUCAACGUUAGGUCUGAAUCGACGCUUCGUCCGCUUUCUUGCCAUUUUCUUGGUCAUAACUUUCUCGGGCUGGGCCUUGCUUCAUCUGGAUACACAGAGGGGUGUGGUUGCUCAUUCAAGCUACCAUCGAUGGGCAUUGAAAAGAUCCCCGACUUUGUCAACAAUUCACAAUAUCUAUGAUCAUUCCAUUCAACCUGUUACCAAUACCAUUUUUGUCGGCCACACCGGGAAGCGAUUUUGGCUCGGAGAGCCCUUGAGAUUUACCGAGCCAUUGGGAAGAAGGAUCCUCAUUUUGGACGCAGAAAGCCGAAAGAUGAAUGAACAUCAAGGCUUGUUGAGCGAAACACCCCUCAACGCAAAUGAGCUCCCGCAUGACACUAGCGGUAGACUGAAUCAUUUCAUGUACGCCAAAAUUCAUGGCUACGACUAUCGACUGGUCGUAAUGCCUAGAACCGACGGUCGGUUUGGGACGUGGUCGAAGGUGACUGCGAUGAAGGAGGCCUUGCAACAUUACGAUUUUGUCGUCUUCCUAGACGCUGACGCAAUGCUACUGUACCCGAAUCUCCCAAUGGAAUGGCUGUUCAACUACUGGGACAUCACGGAAAACAAUCUCGUUGCUUUGGCACUUGACCCAGACGCUCCUCAUAAUCGUGAUUGGAAUGGCCGCACAAUGCUGAACACCGGGUUUAUGAUAGCCCAACGGAGCCUCCGUACCAAUGAGCUAUUCGAAGCGUGGGAGUCUUGUCCAACAGAGACGCGUUAUCCAGGGUGUUCGAAAUUCGGUCGGGAAUGGGCUCACGAACAGUCUGCCUUUGGGAACCAUGUUCGGUAUGACUUCAACAGAUCCGAGGAUAUCAAAGUUCUGCCCUGCGCGGAAGCCAACGGUUGUCCUCAGGUUGCAACCACAGGGUGUGUUGGGGAGUUGGUCAGACAUUAUUGGGGGGACAAGAAGGCUUUGACGGCAGCCGCAGGGGAUGCUGUUUUGCGAUACUUUCUACCCCAGCUACAUGAGCUUUUUUACCAGCAGCGAGAUACGCUAGUUAUCAACAGAACCGAGCGAGAAUUUGCCUGA